CUGUCCCGUGCUCUCCGUGUUUGAAGCCUUUCAGCACAGUGCCUCUAUAUUAAAACGAUACAGCUUUAACCUUGGAAAGGCAAACUAUUUCACAAAGGCCAUGAUUUAAUCUGGGCCAUGGAAAAGAUGAGUUUAUUAUAAGGUGAACUUAGUGGUGGUGUCAUGUCCUGGGACUGUGGAUUUAAGUAUAUCUUCGCUUUUUCUCCAACGCUUAAGGCCGGGGUGAUGUGCAAACUUCAGGAGAGAGAUGAUGUUGGACGUAUUGAGCUGGUCCAGAAACUGUCAAGAGAAAACUGCCACAUCUUACAGACAGACAAAAAAGAGCCGGAGAAAUCUGAACACCAAGAUGAUGAAGUGACGAUGGUUCAGGUUAAGGAGCAAGACCGAAAUGUGCUGGUGCUGAAGAAAGUGCCGAGCUGUGGCCCAGCCCCCACGGCGGCGGGGAGUGCCAGUGCCGAGAGCGAUUGGAGAUACGUGGUCGUGUCCGGGACCCCAGAGAAGAUCUUGGAGCACCUUUUGAAUGACUUGCACCUGGAAGAAGUCCAGGACAAAGAAACAGAGACCCUCCUUGAUGACUUCCUACUCACGUACACUGUCUUCAUGACAACUGAUGACUUAUGCCAGGCGCUGUUGAGACACUAUUCUGCUAAGAAAUAUCAAGGCAGAGAGGACAACUCAGAUGUGCCUUGUCGGAAGCGUAAGGUCUUGCAUCUUGUGUCCCAGUGGAUCGCUCUAUACAAAGACUGGCUGCGUGAAGAUGAACAUUCAAAAAUGUUUCUGAAGACUAUAUACAGGAAUGUGCUAGAUGAUGUCUAUGAAUAUCCAAUACUUGAAAAGGAAUUGAAAGAAUUUCAAAAGAUACUUGGAAUGCAUCGUCGUCACACUGUCGAUGAAUGUUCGCCACAAGGGAAGAAUAAAGCCCUUUUCCACCAAUUCAGUCUUAAGGAGAACUGGCUCCAGCAUCGAGGAACUGUAGCUGAAACAGAGGAAAUUUUUUGCCAUGUGUACAUAACAGAGCACUCUUAUGUCAGUGUGAAGGCAAAAGUUUCCAGUACAGUCCAGGAAAUCUUGAAGGUCGUGGCUGAAAAACUCCAGCGCGCAGAAGACGAUCUGGCUCUGGUGGUCGUCACGUUUUCGGGAGAAAAGCAUGAACUUCAGCCAAAUGGCUUGGCCAAAUCCCUGGAGGCAUCUGGUCGGAUGUAUGUGUACCGGAAAGACCUGACCGACACUUUGAAUCCUUUUGCAGAAAAUGAGGAAUCACAGCAAAGGUCGAUGAGGAUUUUGGGAAUGAACACUUGGGAUCUUGCUCUGGAAUUAAUGAAUUUUGAUUGGAGUCUAUUCAAUUCAAUUCAUGAGCAAGAGCUGAUCUACUUCACAUUCGGCAGACAGGGGAGCGGAGAGCACACUGUGAACCUCAGCUUGCUGCUGCAGAGAUGCAAUGAAGUCCAGCUCUGGGUGGCCACGGAGAUUCUUCUCUGCAGCCAGUUGGGCAAGCGAGUGCAGCUGGUGAAAAAAUUCAUCAAAAUUGCUGCUCACUGCAAAGCCCAGCGGAAUCUGAAUUCUUUCUUUGCCAUCGUGAUGGGUCUCAACACUGCCUCUGUCAGCCGGCUGUCACAAACCUGGGAGAAAAUCCCUGGGAAGUUUAAGAAACUUUUCUCUGAACUUGAGAGUUUAACGGACCCUUCCCUAAACCACAAAGCCUACAGGGAUGCGUUCAAAAAGAUGAAACCUCCGAAAAUCCCUUUCAUGCCCUUACUGCUCAAAGAUGUUACAUUUAUUCAUGAAGGAAAUAAAACAUUCUUGGAUAAUCUUGUCAACUUUGAAAAACUGCACAUGAUUGCAGACACCGUCAGAACCCUGAGACACUGCAGGACCAGCCAGUUUGGAGGUGACAUGUCUCCUAAGGAGCACCAAGAGCUGAAGUCCUAUGUUAAUCACCUGUAUGUCAUCGACAGCCAGCAGGCCCUGUUUGAGCUCUCCCACAGGCUCGAACCACGGGCCUGAGUGGUGCCCAUCUUCCCCCGUGACUGCAGCACUUUGAGCUACGGGAAGGUCUCCGCCCAGUGCAUCGUUUCCUACGAACAAGUUGCUGAGUUUUAUCAGCACACCGUAGGACAUAUGCAGGAAAUCUAGCCAAAGCAAGUUCCGGAAGUGAUGUCAGCCACCAGCGGUGCGAGGGGCCCCUCCUCACUGCUGUCGGGAUGGGAAGACCGAGCAGUCAGAGUCCCCUAGAAAGGGGGAUGUCGGCCUCCUCAUGAUCAUGCUUUUGGUCCAGUCCAGGUUUCAGCAGAUGACGUGUCCAGCCUUAAGGGGAGAGCACAUGUCUUGAUAUACAAUGGCCAGUUUUCUUUCAAUCAGAACCUGCAUACAAUAGGAAGGACUUUUCACUUCACAUGGCCUCACAUAGCUGUCCACAAACAAGGGACUAAGAAGACCCGAGAACCAUGACAGCGGCUCCAGUUGUCCCAGGAGAGGGAGAGGUCUUUGUCAUGACAAAGUUGACAUCGUCACCAAAAGCCACUUGCCUCCAGGAUGAAGAGGACAUGCAGUGGGCCAGCGUACCCUGCCAUGCAGAUAAGAAAUGCCAGCAGGCAUGCUUUGGAAUCUAGUCACUUACCAGUGUAUGCCCCCAGGCAGAGCAAGUUCCUGAACAACUAAUUUGCCACUAUGAACAAUGAAGGCUAAGUUGCUUCGCCAAUCAAGAAAUGAUAAGUCUUUAGGAAACUGACUUAUUGUUUAAUUCCUGGGCUUUUUCUUUGCAUUUGUAAGUGAGCUCUUUUGGUUGGGCACAAUAGGAGUUUUGGGAAAGCACAGCAUCUGGUAAGCGGGUACUCAUUAUCUGCUUACCAAGCCUACAGAAUCACCGGUGUCUGCUUUGUGUGCCCGGUGUCUUGCGUACCUCAGGUGGGCUCCCCGCCCACAGGGUGACAUGAGAUCAGCUGGUAAGGGAGGUCAAGUGAGGCUAUAUUGUGUGACCCACCCUCUGGAGCGUAGGAAAGUGGGCCUUACCAGUCUUUCCGUAAGUGAAAAGUGUCCACAAAUGCCACGUGUCUGACUCAAAGAUUAGUUGAAGGAUUUCCCCAGAUCCUCAGGUGAGCAAAAAGCCUCUGGGUUAAAACAAACCUGUCACUUUGCUAACAUACAGGGCUCUGCUUCACAGAGUCAUGCACAAGGUCCCGCUUUACAUAUCCACAUACAAGGCUCUGCUUCAUGUUUCUCACUAUUCCCGCCUGGUGGUCUUGGGGAGCUUGUCUGGACCUGCCACCUUGUCUCAUGAGCACCCCAUUCCUCCUCAUCACUGAUGCCUGGAGAGCAGUAUUGUUUCUUGAGCCCAGGACUACAGUGAGCUUGAGAUGCUGUUAGAAGGAACCAUGCAGAGAAUGUUUUGUAGGACUGUCAGAGGAAUUAAGUCCAACCAAGUAUUUAAGACUUCAGUCCUGGAAAUUUACAAGAUACUAUAGGAAUCUUCCAACCAAGCCCAGUCCACUCAGAACACUGCUCCCUGGUGCCGGUCAUGGGCUGGGAACAGCUAGAGGUGAGCAGAGCUGAGCAGGGCCCUGCAAACCCUCUCUGUGACAUUUCCUGAGAACGGCAUGGGCAUACAGCACACACACUUCUUUGUGUCUUUAAGCUAGCAACCACGAUUUGGAGAGUGAAAUCAUGUAAGUUCGUUUUGUCAUUGUCUCUGUGCUCUAUAAGAUGAUUUAUUUACAUUAGAUCUCUAUUGUGCAAAGUGGAACCUUACCUUUCGAGGAGUGAUUUUUGGUAGAGAUCUAUUUCUGCAGAGUUCAGGCUGCUUAGGCCCCAACUCACAUAUGUGCACUUGGCCAUACAAAGCCACACAUGCCUAGAUGCUGCAUAAGCAUGUCCUACAUGGCACAUUUAGAGAAUCCUGCUCAGCACCCAUGGCUGCAGGGCCGUGGGGAGUCACCAUUUUUCUCCUCCAAAGCCAAAAGAAGACAGGCUUUUUUAAAUUUGGUUUGGAUUUGCUUUUUCAUCCUGUCGCCUGGACAUUAUAAAUUUCAUAUAUAUAUUUUUUUAAUUUAACACCUAUUUCUACAGACUUCCCAGGUAGCAAAUCUAGAAACUUCAGAUGCUUUGGUUGAAGACUCUAAAUCUGAGGUUAAAGAAUUCCAGGCAGAAUUGUGGGAGCCAGUUUUGUUCCACAGGAAGCUCUUCCUGGCCCGUGGACACACCCAUGAAUAGGAAGGGCCCCUUCCUUCUCCAGAGCCUCAUCAGCAUCCAUUUUAUUCUCACAAGAAGGGCGGACCAAAAGAUGUCUACACUCUCUUCUCUCUCUCCUUUGGAUGUUUUUGAACCCCACAUGCCCUCAGAAGACCCUGGGUAAGGCCCCCUCACCAGCAGGUGGUCUGUGAGCCCCUCUCCACUUGUGCCCUUUGUGUUAACUUUCCAGAGCCGCGCUGGGUCUUCGGAUGGAGUCGUUAGUAUUCUAGCAGACCAGACCCGCUUGCACGUUAGCACAGGUUCACGGAGGCAAAUGCACAGCCUUCCAAUUAAAAUGCAAACACAUUUGCACAUGUUCCAUGGGAAACAUGUUUUGUUCUUUGUCACAAUCUGUAUUGCCAAUGAAUGGUUGUAGUGGCACACAUUAUAACCUACAUUCACUUCUUUCUAGAGUCCUCAGUUAAUUAUGUUUAGAGCAAGUACCUGAUCCUAAGCCAGUAUUUCCUAAGCAGUCAGUGUGGCACUCACGGUGCGUUCAGACACAUGAGAAUCAACACCCAUGCCUCCGAGUGUGCAGAGAUGUGGCAGGGAUACACACUCAUCCGAGUGAAGGAGAAAUAGGUGUGGAAGAGCGACUGCGUGUGUAACUUCUGGUCCCUGGAGCUGGCCCUGCGGGCUGCUGCAUUCAAUGCGUACACUGCAGAUUCCAAGCUUCUCAAAAACGGGGCAAAAGUCGUGACUGUCUGGAAGGCGGGGUCCACUCCAGUUAUCCAACACAGGAUUUCUUCUUGAUGCGUCAAAGACAGUCCUUAAAAUUUCAGCCUGCUCCUUAGUGGGGGGGGAGGGCAAUGUUGCUUCAGACUGGUAGAGGAAAAAAAGUUUUUUUUAAAAAGUUGCCAAAAAGUUAGAUGAAAAUGUACUACUGUAUAAAGCCAGCCUGUAUAUACUAAACCUUUUUUAGCAGAGUAAUAUUUAUUUGCAUAGCUUAUUUAUUGUAUUCGUAUUACACUGUUAUUAAAGAAUGGGAUGAAUUCAGUGACAAGAAGCAAGAAAAUUUGCCUUUGGAUGUGUCAUUGCUUAGGACUGCUGCGACAUUGCCGGCUUGUGAUAACAAUUAGCAGAUAGAAGCCUCACAUCCCGGGUGUCUACCUAACUUCUCAGGGACUACGCUUCGUAGUUUUCCACCAUUUUAAGAGCUGGUAAAUAUGAAACAUUUGUUGAAUUACCAGGAUGGCCAUUAACAGUGUUUCCUUUCUUGUAUUUCCUGCUUUCUGCCUCUGUAUAUAUGACUGUGCUGUGUAUUUAUCGAAGCCAGGAAGCAAUAAUUUAUAUGUAAAAAUGGCCAAGCAAUGUAAGGCUCAAACUUAUAUAAGUAACCAUGACCUUAUCUUGU